AAAACAAAUCUUCAAAAGGAAUGGAAUGACAAGAAAAAACGAAGAGAGAAAGAGAGCCCAUAGAGAGAAAGCGCUCUCGCGUAAAUCUCCUUCCUUCUCCCCACCAAAAAAAUAACCCUAGCUCUCUCCGUCCACACCCUUCUCUUCAAUCCAACCCUAAUUUCUCAAAUUCAUCUUUAAAUUGUCAAAUCCUUCAGAACCCAUAAUUCUCCAUUAAUCUAGGGUUUUUUUCCACCAUGUUAUCCCUCAAAGCUUGAAACUUUGCCAAAAAAGAUCGAAACUUUGGGGUUUUGAAACUGAUAGAGAGAAGAAUCAUGUACAAAGAUCGAGGCGGGUUUGGUGGCGGGUCAUCAAGAUCGGAUAUUGUAGGAGGACCGCUUGAUCGAAAGCGUAUAAAUGAUGCGCUAGACAAGCAUCUAGAGAAGUCUUCUCCUUCAACUUCGAGAGGAUUGAAUAAUAGUAGUAAGGAUAAGGAGAGAUUAUCUGUUCCUUCUACUUCUACCGGUAAAUCAUUACAGCACCAUCAGCAGCAGCUUGAUCAUCAUCGUGCUGAUUCUCGCUCCGCUUCGCUUUCCAAAAACAAAUGCUCUGAUGAGGAAUCUGAGACAGACAGUGAGGAGUCGGAUGUUAGUGGUUCUGAUGGAGAUGACACAUCUUGGAUCUCGUGGUUUUGCAAUUUGCGAGGAAAUGAAUUUUUCUGUGAAGUUGAUGAUGAGUACAUUCAGGAUGAUUUUAAUCUUUGUGGACUGAGCAGUCAAGUUCCAUACUAUGAUUAUGCACUUGAUCUUAUAUUGGAUGUUGAAUCUUCUCAUGGUGAUAUGUUCACUGAAGAACAGAAUGAGUUGGUGGAAUCUGCAGCAGAGAUGCUUUACGGUCUUAUUCAUGUGCGUUACAUACUUACUAGCAAGGGGAUGUCUGCCAUGUUGGAGAAGUACAAAAACUAUGACUUUGGGAGAUGCCCACGAGUUUAUUGCUGUGGACAGCCCUGCUUCCCAGUUGGUCAAUCAGACAUUCCUCGUUCAAGUACUGUCAAAAUCUACUGUCCAAAAUGUGAAGACAUCUAUUACCCUCGAUCCAAGUAUCAAGGCAACAUUGAUGGAGCUUAUUUUGGAACAACAUUUCCUCACCUAUUUUUGAUGACAUAUGGUCACCUAAAGCCACAGAAGGCAACACAGAGUUACGUCCCAAGAGUUUUUGGCUUCAAACUCCACAAACCUUGACACUGAGUUGCAAGCUGCAUGCGAUUUGUUUGAGGUCUCUCCCUUCAAUGAAAGCUCGUUCUUUUGCCUUGUGUGUUCGCUGGAAGUAAGACCGACUCUUAACAAUCAAGGUGAAGGUGCAGCAGUUCCAUAAUGGUCUCAAUUAAUUUCAAAUGAAAGUGUUUAAAUUGCGCUACGGGCUAUUAGUUGACCUGCCUAAAAUUUUAUCUGUGAAUUUAACAGAGCGUUUGUAAGAUCUUUUUUGUUUUUAUGGACUUGAGAAUUAAGUUUUUUUUUUUU